CGGAGCGGAAACGACGUGACGGCUGCUCCGGGAAGGAGCGGGAGAGCUGGGGAGGGAUGAACGCUCCGCCGGCAUUCGAGUCCUUCCUUCUCUUCGAGGGUGAAAAGAAGAUCGCCAUCAAUAAGGACACGAAGGUGCCCAACGCUUGUCUCUUCACCAUCAACAAGGAGGAUCACACGCUGGGGAACAUCAUCAAGUCGCAAUUGCUCAAAGACCCCCAGGUGUUAUUUGCAGGGUACAAGGUGCCUCAUCCCCUGGAACACAAAAUCAUCAUCCGUGUCCAAACCACCCCUGACUACAGCCCCCAGGAAGCUUUCACCAAUGCCAUCACGGAUCUCAUCAGUGAGCUCUCCCUCCUGGAGGAGAGGUUCAGGGUUGCUAUUAAAGAUAAACAAGAAGGAAUUGAGUGAAAUCACCCAUCCUGCUGAGGCA